UUGAAAUAUAUGUUAGCUAUGAACAACUGCAAAUAUGUUGCUACUGCUCUCAAUAACAUUGCUUCCCUGAAUUUAUAAGGCUCUAUCGACCAAGGUCAGUGGGAAAAAGUUGUGAUGGACUACUUUCUGGAUGACGAACAUGCCAUGCAAUGCUGACUCUCUCAUUUUAUAACACGUUUUGAAAUCAGUGGAACACAACGGCCCAAACAAGCUGUGCAAGCUAAACAGAAACAACACAGGAUGUCUUAUGAAAGGGGUUGCAGUCUGCCGUGAAGCUUUCAUCCAUGUAUACAGCAUUAAUCAGUAGAACAGGCCUGACUAAUCCACCAGUCAUACAGUCAACAAAAAGAGAGCUGGCCCAAGCAAGCAAAGGCAGCAGCGCAGUCAUCAACUACAUGCACCAUUUCUUCACCAACUACGGAGUUGAGAAAACACGUGUGGACCUGAAUUGUGAUAACUGCAGUGGCCAAAACAAGAACAAGUUUGUGCUCUGGUAUUGUGCCUGGUGGACCAUGUACAAGCUACACCACAAUUGGGACUUUCACUUCCUGAUCACAGGCCACACCACGUUUGCCACUGACUUGUGCUUCAGCCUCAUCAAGCAGCGCUUCAGACAGACCAGAGUGAACACUUUGUCUGAGAUUGCUGGUGUUGUGAAGGACAGCACUGUGACAGGGGUCAACAUCCCAGAGCUGGUUGGACUAGAUGAUGGUACGGUGCUGGUGGAAAGCUAUGGCUGGCAACAACACCUGACUCCGUACUUCAGGCCGCUGGCCAGAACAAGCAGUACCAGCACUUCAGCUUUGAUGCUCUGGAGCCUGGUGUUGUCUCUAAGGAGCGUUCAGACUGUCAAGACCAGGUUUCAGCUGCUGCGCAAUGCUGACAUCCUUCCUCCCAUAGAUGGUCUGCCUGUAAAAGCACCACCUGGACUGGACACAGCUAGACAACAUAUUUUUGACAAGAUCAGGGAGUUUUGCGACAAAGAGGCUAUGGACAUCACAUGCCCUGCACCAAAGGGCAGGACAGAAACAGGCUCUCCGAAUAUAGAUUCCUUAGUUCAUGCGUGGUUUGGACGGUCCAGUCAUCAGCACUAUCUGCAGUGCCUCUAUUCAAAUGACUCUCUCCUAACACAUACGUUGCUGCUAUUUUUUGGUGUUAUCCUGCUGCUCAGCCACUUUACCCCUGAUUACAUGUACAGUUGAAGUUGGAAGUUUACAUACACUUAGGUUGGAGUCAUUAAAACUCGUUUUUCAACCACUCCACAAAUUUUGUGUUAACAAACUAUAGUCUUGGCAAGUCGGUUAGGACAACCACUUUGUGCAUGACACAAGUAAUUUUUCCAACAAUUGUUUACAGACAGAUUAUUUUACUUAUAAUUCACUGUAUUACAAUUCCAGUGGGUCAGAAGUUUACAUACACUAAUUUGACUGUUCCUUUAAACAGUCUUGAAAAUUCCAGAAAAUUAUGUCAUGGUUUUAGAAGCUUCUGAUAGGCUAAUUGACAUAAUUUGAGUCAAUUGUAGGUGUACCUGUGGAUGUAUUUCAAGGCCUACCUUCAAACUCAGUGCCUCUUUGCUUGACAUCAUGGGAAAAUCAAAAGAAAUAAGCCAAGACCUCAGAAAAAAAUGUGUAGACCUCCACAAGUCUGGUUCAUCCUUGGGACCAAUUUCCAAAUGCCUAAAUGUACCACGUUCAUCUGUACAAACAAUAGUACGCAAGUAUAAACACCAUGGGACCACACAGCCAUCAUACCACUCAGGAAGGAGACGCGUUCUGUCUUCUAGAGAUGAACGUACUUUGGUGCAAAAAGUGCCAAUCAAUCCCAGAACAACAGCAAAGGACCUUGCGAAGAUGCUGGAGGAAACAGCUACAAAAGUAUCUAUAUCCACAGUAAAACGAGUCCUAUAUCGACAUAACCUGAAAGGCCGCUCAGCAAGGAAGAAGCCACUCUCCAAAACCGGCAUAAAAAAGCCAGACUACGGUUGCAACUGCAUAUGGGGACAAAGAUUGUACUUUUUGGAGAAAUGUCCUCUGUUCUGAUGAAACAAAAAUAGAACUGUUUGGCCAUAAUAACCAUCGUUAUGUUUGAAUGAAAAAGGGGGAGGCUUGCAAGCCGAAGAACACAAUCCCAACCGUGAAGCAGGGGGGUGGCAGCAUCAUGUUGUGGGGGUGCUUUGCUGCAGGAGGGACUGAUGCACUUCACAAAAUAGAUGGCAUCAUGAGGAUGGAAAAUUAUGUGGAUAUAUUGAAUCAACAUCUCAAGACAUCAGUCAGGAAGUUAAAGCUUGGUCGCAAAUGGGUCUUCCAAACGGACAAUGACCCCAAGCAUACUUCAAAAGUUGUGGUAAAAUGGCUUAACCUGAUGAGGACAGAGGGCGCUGUUUUCACUUUGGGGGAAAAACGUGCCCAAUUUAAACGGCCUCGUACUCAAUUCUUGCUCGUACAAUAUGCAUAUUAUUAUUACUAUUGGAUAGAAAACACUCUCUAGUUUCUAAAACCGUUUCAUUUUUGUCUGUGAGUAAAACAGAACUCAUUUGGCAGUACACUUUCUGACCAGGAAGUGGAAAGUCUGAAAAUGAUGCUCUGUUCAAGGGCCUGCCUAUAAAUGGGCAUGAUACGUAUGAGUAUACAUGCACGUCAUACACCUUCCCCUAGAUGUCAAGAGGAAGUGAGAGAAGAAAUGAAGUGUUUAUCUUGGUCUGAGGUGGAAUUAAUCCUCUUGGCACGACGAGUCAUCCAUUUCCUGUUUUCUGGAAAGCGCGAAGAUGGACCUGGAAUUGCCUGAAAAGCUGUCGUUAUAGGCGACUACUAUCUCCGGCUUUGAUUUUAUUUGAUACAUGUCACAAUAUCAUCGUAAACUAUGUUUUUUCAAUAUAGUUUUAUUAGAUUAUUGAAAUUUUUUCGGGACGUUAGGCGUGUUGCAUUGUGUGCCUUUGUUCAGAAAGGAGAGCUUCGCGCCACUUGGCUAGUGUGCUUGCUAAUUCAAGAGGGAAAGAGGCCGUUCUAAAUCCAAACAACGAUUGUUCCCGACAAAGGACCCCUUGUCCAACAUUCUGAUGAAAGAUCAGCAAAAGUAAGAAACAUUUUAUGAUGCUAUUUCAUAUAUCUGUCGAACUGUGUACUAGUAGUUUUGCGCCCAGGUUUUGGCCACUCUCUCACUAUAACAUAAGCCUUAUGUCGUAAUGAAGAUAUUUUUAGAAUUCUAACACAGCGAUUGCAUUAAGAACUAGUGUAUCUAUAAUUUCCUAUACAACAUGUAUUUUUCGUAAUGUUUAUGAAUAGCUAUUUGGUCAGAAUAGGUGAGAGUCUAAUAGAAAUAUCCGCACAUUCUGGGAAAAAGAAGCUACGUUAGCAUAAUGGAUAACCACUGAUUUCAGCUCUAAAUAUGCACAUUUCCGAACAAAAGAUAAGUGUAUGUAUAACCUGAUGUUAUAGGACUGUCAUCUGAGGAAGGUUUAUGAAGGUUAGUGAAAAUUAAUAUCUUUUGCUGGUUUAUUCGCCUAUUGCUAUCGCUAACGUGCCUUGAUGAAUGAAUGCGGUUGUGUGGUAGGCUAUUGUAGUAAGCUAAUAUAAUGCUAUAUUGUGUUUUCGCUGUAAAACACUUAGAAAAUCUGAAAUAUUGUCUGGAUUCACAAGAUGCUUGUCUUUCAUUUGCUGUACACGAUGCAUUUUUCAGAAACGUUUGACCCAAGUUAAACAAUUUAACUUCUUGCAACUAUAGGGGGUGCUGUUUCAAAUUAGCAUAAUUGUCUCUACAGAUUAAACUGCCUAGUACUCAAUUCUUGCUCAUACAAUAUGCAUAUUAUUGUUAUUAUUUGAUAGAAAACACUCUCUAGU